AUGGAUGUAGAUGCACCAGUCGCAACCCCGCAAAACGCUCGGGCUACCAAUGCGCCACGCACCGAGCCUACCCCAGCGCCCCGAACUGUGGCUGCAACAACGCCGGCAACUACCCCGGCAACAACGCCGGCAACUGCACCGGCAACAACGCCGGCACCUGCACCGGCAACCGCGCCGGCAGCGGUGCUUACACCCACACCUCGUGGUGGCACCCGACCACCAUCGACCACAACGAGGACUUCGGAGACCCGUCGGAUAAGGUGUCCCCUCUGUCGACGCCCUCAUCGCCUCCACCAUAGCGGAAUAUUUAGGGGUAUGCGUCCAUUGCAACGGCAGCAAGUUGCUCAGGCUCAUGGUCAUUGCCUCAACUGCCUGUCGCACACUCAUGCUACUUCAGAGUGUGUCACGGGGGCUGUGCCAAAUAUGUCACCGGCCGCAUCAUACGCUGCUACAUCGCAGAACGUCACGCAAAACGCACCGGCCAUCCAACCAUCGCGGCCGCGUAUCCCGACUUCCACCCGACGAUAG